AUGGAUAAUAAUUAUAAUAAAUAUUGUUCAGGACAAUUAAAAAUAAUUUCAGAUUUUGAUAAAAUUCAAGAAAUAUUUGGAAUUGUUUUAAAAAAUCAUGCCAAUAAUCAAGGUACAAAGGAUAUUAAAAAUUUUAGAAUUUUAGAUAAUGGUUGUUCACAUGAUCGUUUACCCGGUUUAGAAAAUUAUUAUAAAGAACGACUAUUAAAUGUAUUGAAUAAUCGAUAUAAUGAAUUAAAAGUCGGUGGUAUUUUUUCAUUUAAUAUUUUAAUUCAAGAUAAUCAAGGUAGUGAAAAUGAAGAAAAAAGUAAAUCAGGUUAUUGUAUGAUAAAAGCUAAUCAAAUUCUAAGAGAAAUGAGUUAUGAAUCAAUUAUAUCAAGAGAAGAAGUUGAAAAUAUGAUUAUUCCAAUCGUACAUUUAACUAGAGAUGAAUAUCAAUAUGCAAUUGAUAAAUCAACAAAUAAUACUGGUCUAAAAUUAAUAUAUGAAAAUAAAAUUACAAUUGGUCUGAUACUCAUCAAGAUGAUGAAUCUUAUAUUGGCUCAAUUAUUUCAAUUAUUGGUAAUUCUAUUAAAAGUUCAAUUAAUGGUGAUACCAGUAGAGUUGAUUCAAUAUUCAAUGAUUUUAAACAACGUCUUCAUUUAA